CGAUUUUGUUGUGUUACAUACAGCCAUCGCCAAAUAUCUGAGCUAGUUUGAAAUUUGAUAUUUAAAAAAUGUUACAAAAAUUGAUAUGUAUUUUUUCAUAAUGAAAUCUCUAUUGUAAGUGACUGAAGAAAAAGAAGGGGAGGAUAAAUAUAUUUAUUGAGAGUAAGAGUGGCGGCGACCGUCUGGCGACGCCGCGGAUGUCGCUGCUCGGCAAGCCGCUCAGCUACCGCGCCACGCGACGCGACGCGCGCUACCGCCGCCUGCAGUCCAAGUUCUACAACUUUCUAGAACGGCCGCGGGGGGUGAAGGCAGUCCUCUAUCAUAUGAUUGUGUUUCUGAUGGUGUUCAUGUGUCUGUCGCUGUCUGUUUUCUCCACGAUCGAAGAGUACGAGGCCAAAGCGGGGAUCGUUCUAUUCUACAUGGAGACCGUCGUCGUCAUCUGGUUUGCCAUCGAGUUCUUUCUAAGAUUAUGGUCAUCAGGAUGCAGGUCGAGAUAUCAAGGCUCAAUAGGCCGCCUCAAGUUUUUGAGGCGGCCUUUUUGUAUAAUAGAUGUAACUACGAUCCUCGCUUCACUGGUGGUGCUGGGCAUGGGCUCGUCGGGGCAGGUGUUUGCGGCGUCGGCGCUACGCGGGCUGCGCUUCUUCCAGAUCCUGCGCAUGGUGCGCAUGGACCGGCGUGGCGGCACCUGGAAACUGCUCGGCUCGGUCGUGUAUGCUCAUCGUCAGGAACUAAUAACUACUUUGUAUAUAGGAUUCCUUGGUUUAAUCUUCGCGUCGUUCUUAGUUUAUUUAGCAGAAAAAGAUGUUGCCGACACCAAGUUUAAAAACUUUGCGGAGGCUCUGUGGUGGGGAGUUAUCACGCUAUGCACAGUGGGAUACGGCGACAUGGUGCCACAAACGUGGCAGGGGAAAUUCAUUGCCUCCUUCUGUGCGCUCUUAGGAAUAUCGUUCUUCGCGCUUCCUGCUGGUAUACUGGGCUCGGGGUUCGCCUUAAAAGUACAACAGCAACAAAGACAAAAACAUAUGAUAAGGAGACGGCAGCCGGCGGCGACAUUAAUACAGGCCCUGUGGAGAUGUUACGCCGCAGAUGAACAUUCAAUGAGCGUGGCGACGUGGAAAAUUCAUCAAGUUCCUCUUCCAAGUCCUCAAACAAGCAGGGUGAUGAGUGCGUCAUUCAAGAACAAUGCGUCCUUUGUGUCGCGGCUGCCGACGAUCCGGCGUCACAAGAGUACCUCCCUGCACUCCCCCGCGCCGCACUCCAAGCCGGCACACCGGUACGACGUCAACGCCAGCGCUGAAAACCUUGAUGAAGACGAUGAGCCGCGUUGUGUUACUCUAACGUCAAGGCACAAAGCAGCCAUUCGCUUUAUAAGAAAGCUCAAGUAUUUUGUCGCACGCAAGAGAUUUAGAGAAGCGUUGAAACCUUACGACGUGAAAGACGUGAUAGAACAAUACUCGUCGGGGCACGCUGAUCUGCUAAAUCGAACCAAGAACCUGCAAUACAGGUUAGAUCAAAUACUCGGUAAGCAAGGGUCAAAAGCGAAAGACGUCUACGCAUCCAAAAUCAGCCUCGCUUCCAGAGUAGUUAAAAUUGAAAGACAAGUAGAUGAUAUAGAAAGUAAGUUGGAUCAUUUAUUAGAAUUAUACGAAGAGGAUAGGAGAACGUCUAGAAGAAUAGCUGGAGUGAGUAACACUGACGGGGGUAACCCGGGCGCGGGCGACGGUGCUUUGGCGCUGCGCGUGCGGCCCGCGCUCUCAGACAAGCAGUGCUCGGAGCCCAAUUCGCCGGUGUCCCGGACGUUCGAGCCGCCGCCGCCUACCUCCGCGCCGCCGCUGCCGCACAAGCGGCCCAUGAACAGGGGCUACUCGGAUCUAGGCACAAGGUUCAUGAGGAAAAAAGUCAUCGUUAAAACUUCGUCUAGUCGGAACGGUGAGUCACCGAGAGAAGAUGAAGUCGUAAUAGUGGUUCCAACCGACCGCGAAGAUACGCCUCCGCGCCUCGUGACGGACAGCUCAGAGGUAUGUGCGAGCUGCUCCGUGGACGUAGAAACGGAGGCGGAGGGCGUCGGGUCGCGUUCCGGCAGCACCGGCUCCGCGUCGUGGUGCGAGGGCGUGGAGGAGCGCGGCUACGGGUCCGGCGACGGCGACUCGCUCGCGGAGGACGCGGCGCUCCUCGGCGACGUGGCGCAGCCGGCGCGACUGGUGCGCGCGCAACGCCGCGACGUCGCCGUCGACUUGCACCUGCUGCACCCGGACGCGUGAGAUCGGCGCAAACGCACCCCUAUAGAACACGUGCACGAGUCGGCCGUGUAAUGGAACGCGAAUCGAAAAAAUUUCAAAGGAAAUCUAACUUUUAACCACUAAAGAAGUUGGGAAAAUGGAGAUUUUCUCAGCUCAAUUUCUUUCUUUGUCACUAUACAAAAAAAAACAAAAUUUCAACGCUUUUUCUUUCUGUGUGAGAAAGAUAAAACUUUGGAGAAAAGCAUUUUGCGUUCUCUUUACUACAACCUGCUGGUCACCGCCACAUCUUGUAGCAGCCUCGAGAGUAGUAGCGAGACUAAAGUCAAUUAUUAAUUAUUGUAGGUACCGUAAAUUAUUUAAAACACUGUAUAAGCCACUAAUCUCGUAUUUUGACUUUGAAUUCGUACUUUCGGUAAUACGCUAUAUUAGGCUAACAAAGAAUAAUUACUGAUAGUGUAAGUACAGCUGAAACUCGUAUAAUAUAGAUAUUUAACUUAAUGUGUACUUAGAUUUCUCUCUAUCUUUCCUUUGAAAUUGUUUCGAACAUUAAUACAAUGCUGGUUAGGGGUGCUUGUUUGUGUGCAGGGCUGACUCCCUUAUUCCCUUAAAAAGUACUAAAGCAUCUCAUUUAAAGGGAUUUAGUACUCAGUGCACAACUAUUUAACUUUCUCUUUAUGAAAGUUGCGUCCAUAGUUAAACCCGCAAAAAAAUCUUACAAAAGAGGAAGAAGACAAAAAUUAUGGGAACAGUCUGUAAAGGCCACCCCACCCACGCCUUAUAUUUUAUAGAUAUGAAGACUACUAAUUCUCCAAUCCAUUGACACAUGGCAAUAGACCAAAUGUAAAAAUAUCUUCUUAAUAUGAAUUGUUAAAAGUUUAAUGGUAAAAUACGUUUAAAGAUAUAUUGAAUAGGUACAUAAAUAAUUUCAUAUUCUAUUCAACGAAUUCAUGUGAUAUGAAUGUACCUAACUAUUGGAUUUUUAUUUAUUGUUACUAGGUAUUAUGCUACCCUACGGAUCACGCCUACAUAACUGAUAACCCCACCUAAGGGUCUACUAGAAAAAUAUCAACAGGCCUAUAUAUUGAGGCAAAAAGUCAAAAAUGUUAACCUUAAAAUUUUAAUAAAACACAGAAUUAAUUAUUUACUUUCGUUUAUAUUUUUUGUAGUAGACCCUCUGUGCAGGAUAAUUUCAAGUUGAUAACAUAGUAUUGUGACUUUUGAACAUAACGCACAAAUACUACACAAAAUCUCCACACGAUGCUAUAAAGCCAUUCACUUUUCUUAAAAUGUAGAUAGGUGCUUAAAAUAAUUGAAAAAAGCAAUCAUAGUAAUUUAGUGCGAUUGAGUGAUCUAAGGUUAUUGUGUGACUAGUGCUGCUCCAAUAAAUAGUUAUACAACGAGUUAAUUAAUAUUUUGACUCUGACUAUAAAUUAAGUGUCAUUGAUUCCAGUCGUUUUAAAUGUAUAAAGACCAAAGACUCGAAAUUAGUUACUUUAAGUACUUUAAGCUACAAAUAUUGUUACGCUUAAUUUUUUGUUUUCUUAUUGCGUUGUGACAAAGGGGCACAUCUCGUUGUAAAUUUUUAAUUUGUCCACUUUACAAUCCUUAUAUAAUACAAGAACUGUCGUAUUUCCUCGAAACUGCAAUAAUUACAUAUGAAAUUGGCGUUUUGUCAUACUGACUGACCACUUUGAUCUGAAAUAUCUAUUCUUUGGUUGAGAAUUCCAAAUUCAAAUUUAUAAAUUCAUUUAGCUGGUACAUUUGAGUUUUGAAAACAGUCAUUCAUUUGCUUUUUUCCUCAUUAUUUUUUCUUUUGCGUCGAUUAUUAGCCCACAAUGGAUGAAAUAUCGGUAUAUUUACGAGUACGAGUUCCUCCGUGACACCAGUGCUGCAGAAACAGCUCGAAGGACUAAUGAUGUGUACGGCGCUGGUGUCGCAAAAGAAAGCACGGUAAUACCCAAUAAUAAAUAAGUCAUCAGUAAUGAAACGAAAGUUAUUAUUACAACGGGAUUUGCCAUUUUGUCAGAUAAUAUACCUGCCAAGGUAAAUGAAAACAAUACAAGAUGUUCGGCAAAAUAUUUGUGGAAUUCUAAUAUUUUAUGACCGAACAUCUUGUUCAUUGAUGCUUAAGAUUUGCAAAUGAACUGUAUCUUAAUAUAAUGAAAUAAAUAUUAAGUUGUAAAUAUUUUUAUCAUGGGACGAUUUUUCCUAGUGGCAUAGUACGAACACGAUACGUGUUCAUCAAUUGUAACUGAUAAGUCAAAAAAAAAUGAGUUUGUUAUUUAAUGACUAUUGUCUGACUGUUUACAUCGAAAAAUAACCAGAAACCCCAUUUUUAUUUUAAAAACACCAUAUAUAAUACACACUAUUAUAUACCUAGUCAGGUCAUAAAUUUUGUCACAUGUUUAAUAUAAAAUAAUUGAAACAAGUUUAUUCAUUAUGUAAACAUAUAUGUACCAAAAUGAACUUAACAAAAAAAAGAUUCUUAUAGCAAUAAAGUUAAUUCAAAAUGACCUCCGUGAUUUUUAAUACAGGCCUACAAUCUGCGCGGCCAGUCGUCUAUCGCAGCACGAACGAGGUCCAUGUCAAUAUCGGCGGCUGCCUUAAUCAAGGAUGUUGAGUGACUCCAAAUUGGGAUGAGGCUUUGAUCACGCCUUUUUCUCCAAGUGUUGCCAUAUCUUGUAAUCUAGCGGACUCAAAUCUGGACUGGAGGAGGGCCAGUCUUCGUGCCGGAUGAAGUCGAUUUCACAGUCGAUUUUCAGUCUUGUGUGCUCUUCGCUCUAUGAGCUGGCGCCGAAUCUUGUUGGAAUACCCAGUGCCUGUUAUUGAACAUGGUAUGAGAAACAGGUUCCACAAGGUUCGUCAGGACUGUAUUUUGAUACACAAUGCAUUCUUUUUUACACCUUUCUUACAAAAAUGUACCUCUGUUAAGCUCCAAUAAGAAACUCCCAACCAUACCAUGAGCGAGGAUGGAAAAUGACCUCGUUGGACACGCGGAAUACGGUUGCUCGCUUCUUCACUACUGUGUGCGUACACCUUAUCAUUUUGUUUGUUGUAGCUCUCUUCUACGGUAAAAAUUUUUUCAUCCGAAAAAAGAAUUUCCCGACAUUUUUUUCCCGCGUACCGCUUCAACAAAGCGCGGCAUCUCUUCAGUCUCAGGUCCAUUAGACGAGCAUUCAAACGAUGUCCUGUUUUUCUUCGAUAUGCCCGAAGCCCUAAGUCUUCAUUUAACACCCUUUUCACCGUGGUUCUGCUUAACCCCAUUUGUAACACGGUCUUCUUUAAGCGUCCACUUCAUAUUUAAAAAUGAGUAAAAUUCUAAAAAGUAUACAUUUUUAUUUUUAUGAACAAUUCGAAAUUCGAAUUAAAAAACUUUUUUGUGGCCAGCAUUCUAAAAGAAAAGCUUUUACUGUGUGACAGACAAUACUUAUGAUCUAACUGUGUAUAAUAGUUACCAGUACCAGUAGAGCAGUUACUCGGUAUUUUAGAGAAACGACGUAUUUUGUAAGUCUUGAGCAGUAAAUGCCUUCCAAAAUGAGUAAAAACUACGUGGACUCUGUUUACUUUAUUUAAAUUUAGGGUAAAUAUUUUCUUUUAGUUUAUCCAGUAGUAAAAGGCUUGAUUAAGCAUAUGAAGCUUAAUUUUAACUUCCUAUUAGAGCGUCACAUGAGGAUGUACAAAAAAUCCAUGUUAUUUUUGUUUACUUCACUACCAGCAGAACAUUGAGAGUGUCAGAAGAAGAAAUAUAAUAUUUAGUGUGGUUUAUUCUUAUUUGUUAUGGACCCUAUGCUUAUUUUCUGUCUCCGUUGUAAAAAAUGGUUUAUUAAAGAGAAAGGACUUAUUUUGUGAGUCGGAGCGGUUAAAUGCCUUCCAAAAUAAUUAAAAACUACGUGAACUCUGUUUGCUUUAUUUGAGGAGAUUUUAUUAAAUUUAGGUUAAUAAUUUAGCUUAUCCAGUAGUAAAAGACCUAAUUAAGCAUAUGUAGCGAAAGUUUAACUUCCUAUUUGAAGUCAGGAUAAAAUAUGGGCGUCACAUGAAGUUAUACAAAAUUUCCAUAUAUUUUUUUUUUACAACCAGCAGCACAUUGAGUGUAAGAAAAAGAAAUAUAAUAUUAAGAAUGAUAUAUUCGUAUUCUUUUUGCACCAUAUGCUAAUUUUAAUGUCUACUUUGCGUAAAAAAUGGUAUAUGGAAACAAUUUAUUAAGGCUCUACGUCAAAAUUCUAAAGACAUUUUUCCCUGAAUUUUCAGACUAAAAAUUAUAAAAAAAUAUAUUAAAACUAAAUCAAUAUCUUUUUUGUAUAAAUAGACUUGGUUUUAUUGUCAUAAGGUAAUAAAAGCGAUGUAAAUAAUAAAUAAUUGUUGAUUUUCUUGUUAUAUACAACUCCAAGGAAAAAAAUUAGAAAAUUUAUAUUAAAUUUAAAUUUUCAUUCUGAUGAUGGCUACAAAAAUAUAUAGCUUUAAAAUAAAAAUUUUGUUUCUUACCUUAAUAAGGUAUAAGAAAUCAGAAUCUGGUACAAAGAAUUCGGACUCAAAAUUUGUGUUGACUGAUCAAUACAUUAUUUUACAGUUAGUGUAAAAUAAAAGUGGCUUAUGUGCUACAGUCUAGACCAAAAUAAUCUUUAUCGGUGUGAUUGCGCCUGCUCAAUUAUUUUUCGUGCUUGGGCUACAGGUCCUGCCCCAUUAUUUGAGAAUUUUGGAUUAUGCAGUCAUCAGUGAAACUGUAGUCACUGCAGCGUAGAAGUGACUCUUCACCUAAUUAAAGUUGUGCUCAAAAAGUUUGCCGGAAUGUGUUAGUACACAUCCCGGCCAACUUCUUGAUUAUACAAAGAAGUGAAGAAGAAAGUAGACAAGAAAGCAAGUUUAUUUGUCUGUGGGUGGUUUUACUCAAGAAGUUUGCCGCUACCUAUACCUAUCUCUUUUAGCCCGAUAGCUUCUUAAAAGCACAGAUUACCCAAGGUCCUUCUAUAUUAGUCUUAACGAUUACGUCCUAACCUUUUUUUUAUAAAGGGAAAUAAUUACGCCUAUAUGUCGUGUCGACAGUAAAUAAAUACGCAAAAUAUCAAUGUAAAAUGUGUUAACUUGAUGAAUACUUAUCGUGUAAAUAGCUAGCUAUGGUCAAUAACAUAGAUUUAUUAAUGUACAUUCUAUAGUUAAGUAGAUAAUAAGGAGAGUUAUCUUGUCCGAAAUGAACACAUGUUUCGCAAGUCGUGUUAAAUUUCGAUUUGUAUCGAUUAUAAAAUACUUAUUAAUUUAGGUUGUUACUUUGUAUUUCAAUUUAUUAGCUAUUAACACAAUUUUCUAAGAAACUGUGAUAGAAAUUAUGUUUUAUUACUAUAACUGAAGGCAUCUAUUAAUCUAUAUGUUUUUGUAUUUCUAUUGACUCUAAUAUUAACACAGGUAAAUGUAUUACUCUGUACCAUACUCCUAUUUCGUUAUGGCAAUACUAACGAUCGAACCAAUUUUUAAAAAAUAUUUCGACAUGGCUCUAACUUAAAUAAAAGCAGGGUAAAUAUUUGCCUGACGUUCGGAUAAACUAUCCGUAAGAUUUAUAAUUAUAUAUAAAUCUUAUAAAAUAUGUUUAUGUAAUUAUUAAUAAAUUAUAAAAUCUUAGGGCACACUGACAAAUAGCUAGGUACACAACACUUCCGAGCGUGCAAACAAUCUUCAUUAAGUAUUGAGAUAAACCUAUAGCUCUUGCUGAAUUUAAUGGAAUUCUUACUAAUAUACAUACAAACGUAACUUUGAUGCAAAGGAACCAAAUAUCGGCCUUAAAAUAUAUUUUGUUUUAGUGCGGCCUUUAGCCAAUUCAAUAAAUUAAUAUACCUACACACAAUGGGACCUACUGUUGCCUAUUAGAUUUUUUAUUAUAAUUGUGCAUUUAAGAACCUAGUCAAUUAAGAUUUCUCACAAGUCCCUCAGAACGGUUUUUUUACUAAGAAAUUAUUUUUGGCUAUGUCUAGUAGGGUGUGAAUAGACAUUAAUUAAUUGAUUCAAUAAAGAGAAGUACUUAAAAGUGUUAAAAGAGUUAUAUAUAUUACACUAACGAGAAUAAAAAUGAAGAUAUUAUUUGAAACGAUGUAAUAGGUACUUUACUAUAUUGAAUCUUCACAUCGCACUAAAGAUAGACGAAAUAGAUAUUAUCUAUAUAAUUCGAAAACCUAUCUGACCCCCUAUCGCGCUAAAAAUAUAAACUUUAAUAACAUUUUUACCAGGCCUUUUAAUAUUGUAAAAGUACUUGAAUUUGUAGGUAUUUAUUUCUUACACAAAUUAGGUAUAAUGUACCUACAAUUGGUUUUUUAAUAAUUUUCCAUUACAAAUAAAUUCUUCAAACUAUCAAAACCAUCUACUCAAUAAAUACCUAUACAAUGAAACUGAAAAUAAUUUAGAAACCACCGAACAUGAUAUUAGUAUUGUUGUAAAAAUAUUUUUGUUCAUUUCAAAAAGAAAGUGCUAUACGUCUCCAACGUAUUAUCUUAGUAGCACCAAUAGAAUAAUCAUUUAUUACUUAUAUUAAAUAGACAGCAGAUUUUUCUUUUUUUCUAACAAAAUUAUGUAGUGAACGUAAGUUAAUUCCUUAUGUAUGUUGUUAUAAAUUUGAAAUAUAAAUAAAAUAUUUAAUAGCCUGCA